ACUUGUGUCAGAUCUUCAUUCGUAUGUAGGUGAGAGACUUGGUCUGAUGGACCUCCUCUGUUAGAUCUGCGCACUUUAAGUAACCGUAUUGCCCCACAGAGCAGAGGAGCAGUGUAUUUCCAAGUCCCAUUGAAGUUUGUCAGAUUACUCCAACGUGCCUUUCUGACAGCUGACCAGUCAUAAAUACUGGUCAAUACCGUUCCCACUUCAUUAGCUUGCUCCACAACAGUUCGACAAUCUGAAAAUCAUGAUGGACUUGAAGGUGCUGGGAUGCGCAAUACUUUUUCCUUUCCAGAUUCUCGUGUGCGUACUGAAGGCGACCGUGCGUCUCCUGACGCGCCAGAAGCGCAGAGAUCUGACCGCUGAUGUGGUGCUCAUCACUGGAGGAGGAAGAGGGAUCGGCCGUCACCUGGCCAAAGAGUUUGCCAAGCAAGGAGCGAAAAAGGUUAUUUUGUGGGGACGUACUGAGAAAUGUCUUAAAGAAACAUGUGAAGAGAUCUCUAUGACUGGAACGGAGUGUUACUACUUCAUCUGUGACGUUGGAAAUCGAGAGGAGGUUUACCAGCAAGCCAAAGUGCUCAGGGAAAAGGUUGGGGACGUCACCAUUCUUGUGAAUAACGCAGCUGUCGUCCAUGGGAAAAGUCUUAUGGAUAGUGAUGAUGAUGCACUGUUGAAAACUCAACACAUAAAUACACUUGGGCAGUUCUGGACCACAAAAGCAUUUCUGCCUCGUAUGCUGGAACUGUGCAACGGCCACGUGGUCUGCAUUAACUCCAUUCUCUCCCUUUCCUCCAUCCCUGGAGCCAUCGACUACUGCACAUCCAAAGCCUCUUCUUAUGCUUUCAUGGAAAGCCUGACACUGGGCCUGCUCGACUGCCCUGGUGUGGGUUGCACCACAGUGUUACCCUUCCAUACUGAUACAGAGAUGUUUCAGGGCAUGAGAGUUAGGUUCCCUAAGCUGUUUCCUCCUCUGAAUCCUGAGACGGUGGCACAGCGAACUGUGGAUGCUGUGAGGACCAACACAGCUUUUGUUGUCCUGCCAUGGACAAUGCACUUUCUUGUUAUUCUUAAAAGUCUUCUGCCCCAGUCUGCCCUGGAAGAGAUCCACAGGUUUUCGGGAAGCUACACCUGCAUGAACACAUUCAAAGGGCGGACUUAAUGUCAGGAAAGCAUGAAUGCGAAAACUCCUCAAAGCAUUUUUUUCAUGCAAAGCAAGCACUAUGUUUGGGAGCAUCCAACAAGCCGUGGCUGCGUGGACCCAAUAAAGACUGUGAACGGAUCGCUGUACAAUGUAUCAAGAUGCCUUGUUUUCCCAAGCACUAUUAUGCCACAUGAGUCCUACGUGGAUUAAUUUGGAUUUGGCUUCACGAUACUGGAUCGCACACAGGCAUGUAGGUGAAAGCAUUCCUUGGAUAUUGUUAUAAAAACAAACUUUGGAGCACAGACUGUUAUAGUUAUGAAAGAAAUGAUUCUUCAGUUGGGGCUCUUGUAAGGUUGCCCUUGGUUUACUCUGUUUUAUAGAUAUCCACUGAUUUUUAAGAACAUUUUUGUAACGUAACACAAUGCGAUUUGGCUCCGCAACUUGUUUAAAGUGAUUCCAGUAUGUCUAUCUUCAUAUUAAAGUCAACUUUAAAUAAACAGUAUUUGAUGUUGAAAA